AUGUCAAAAAAAGCUCAUGGUGCUAUUUGUAAAGCAUGUUCUAAUAUAAAUGAUCCAUUUACUAGCAUAGAAAAUCUUACAAAUAAAAGAUCAAUUUGUCGUAAUCAUUUAAAAAAUUGUUCUAAUUUUAAAGCAUUAUAUAAUGAUGAAACAUGGAAUAUAAUUUUAGCUAAAAUUAUUCAAGAAGAAAAAGAAAACAGACAAAAAAAAUCUUUAGGCAAAUGUAAACAAGAUGAAAGAGAUAUUAUAAAUCUUGAUGAUGAAAUGUCAAUUUCCAUUACAAAAUCAAAUAAAUCAUGUGAAAGUUCUAGAACAGGAUCUUAUCCAACUUUUGCUAUUUCUGAACCUUUACAGAGUUCAAUAGAAUAUUACAUGCCACGUCAUUUAUCUGAAGAAAAUUCAGAAAUAGAAGAAUUAGAUUUUGAAGAAUUUAAUUCUUCAAAUAAAAAAGAAUUAGAUGAAUUUAAUUCAAAUUCUUUUGCUACUCUUAAUAGUAUACAUCCUGCUAAUGAUAUAAGAGCAAAGUGGAAAUUAAGUGAAUUAUUUCUUUUAGGAAUGGAUGCAUCAAGUUUUAUUUCUGAGUUAAAUAUAGAAUAG